AUGAGGCCCAUUUCCUCCCACGUUAGCCCCUGGAAGCUGAGAACGGCGUGCAUCAUGCCCCCCACGCCCCCGGGGAAGGCUUUGAAGCGCGUCAUCAUGAUGGACACGUUGUUGGCCCGCCUGAUGUCAAUCAUAGUUGGGCGGCCCUCGGGGCCGCCAGCCACGGGGGCGGGCUUGGACUUGGAGGAGGACGCCCCAGCCCAGGCCGGGUUCCUGAAGAGGGACUCCAACAUCUCGGCCAUCUGGGGCACGAGGGCGGGGGCUGCGGGGAGGCUGCACCACACGGUGCCCGUGCGCCGGCUGAGCUUGCUCCAGUGGAACGUCCGAAGUUUGCGGACCUCAGCAUCCUGCGGCACGUCAUUGGUGGGGCGUCAACGGGUGCCGUGCGGGCGAGUGUGCGGGACUGGCGAGCCUCGCUCUGGUCGCGUGCAGGGUGCAGAUUCGGGAGCCCAAAUGAGCGCGAUGGCGCACAAAAGGAGGGGCCAUGAAUCCACGCGCGGUGCCUCUUGCAUGCAGCCGAGCGUCCCCCAACUGGGAGCCUGUCAUGCGCUGUGGGGCUGGGUGUGCUUUUUCAACAUAAUGUGGAGCCUGGCUGUCCACGGCGCUGCCCAUGGUCGUAAUGCCAGCGCGCGCCGCGUGAACGCCCAAUGGUGA